CUUGACAUGGACAAAAUUAGCAACCACACAAGAAGAGUAAGAUUCAAUCUUUGCCAAACAUUUAACAAACACAGCCACACACACAAAACUUCCCUCCUCUUCCAAACCAAAAGAGAGUAAGAUUCAACUUCUCUAAUGGAAACCACCGUAGACGAGCCGGUAACACCGGCGGGACGCCUCUUUCUCCAGCCACAAUUCAACCAAAUAAUCAACUGCGCUAUAGGCUUCAAACACCCCCUAAAUAUAGAAGCCAUAAAAACAGAUAUCUCAAACUGUUUGUUGGUAAAACACCCUAGAUUUUGUAGCCUCUUAGUAUUAGAUGAUCAUGGAAGAGAGUUUUGGAGAAGAACAAAAAUCAAUAUAGACGAUCAUAUAAUCAUUCAUCAUAAAAACCCGGGUUAUGAUUAUGAAUUAGACGAAGAAAAGGAAGAAAAGAUCAAUUCUUUGUUAGCAGAUUUUGCAGUCUCUUGUCCUUUGAGUAAAGAUAAACCCUUAUGGGAGGUACACUUGAUUAGUGAGUUAAACUGUGUGAUUCUUCGAAUUCAUCAUUCUUUGGGAGAUGGAAUUUCUUUAAUGUCGAUGUUUUUAGCUUCUUGCAAAAGAUUAGAUGAUCAUGGUAAUGAUAGCGGUGUGAAUCACAAAAACAGAGAAAACAGGGGAGAAAAAACGUUAAUAUUUUCUAUAAGAUUAUUGAAGAUAAUUUGGUGGACGAUUCUUUCUGUGAUCGGGUUUUGUUUGAGGUGUUUAUGGGUGAAGGAUAAGAAGACCGCCAUUAGUGGCGGCGAUGGGGUGGAGCUGUGGCCGAGGAUGGCAGCAACUGCCAAGUUUUGUCUUGAGGAUAUGAAAACUGUCAAAAGAGUCGUUCAUAAUGCGACCAUCAAUGACGUUCUAUUUGGGAUCAUAUCUUCCGGGUUUUCAAAAUAUUUGGAUAUCCGAUCAUCUCAUGCUUUGCAAGAGGGGCUUGAAAUCACAGGAUUAGCGAUGGUUAAUUUACGAGAGCAACCCGGAUUACAGGAAAUGUCCAAGUUGAUGGAAGAUGAUUCUCCAGCUAAAUGGGGUAAUCAAUUUGGGAUGAUUCUCUUGCCUAUUUAUUGUCAUACAAAAGACACGAAUCCUCUAAACUAUGUGAAAAGAGCUAAGGAGAUGAUCGAUAAGAAGAAACAAUCUUUGGAGGCUCAUUUCUCUUACCAUAUAGGGAACUUGGCAAUGUCCCUCUUUGGACCAAAGGUUGCUAGCAUUAUUAAUCACAGGAUCCUAUGUAAUACAACCUUCACAAUCUCAAACAUGGUUGGUCCUCAAGAGGAAUUAACAUUUGCUGGAAAUCCCAUCACUUAUAUAAGAGCAACAUCUUCUAGCUUGCCUCAUGCAAUAACAAUGCACAUGGUGAGCUAUGCGGGAAUGGCAAACAUGCAAAUCCUAGUGGCAAAAGAGAUAAUCCCUGAUCCACGGUUUCUGGCUAAGUGCUUCGAAGAUGCCUUGCUUGAAAUGAAGAAUGUUGCAAUUAAUGUUAUCACCUUCUAGCCAUUGAAUUGUUUACACAUACAUACAUCUAUAUGUAUACAUUUGCUAUAAACUCCAAUUUACAUGAUUACGGUCUUAGGAUUUUAAAACCA